AUGGCGGAAGGCCGGAUGAAUCUUGCUGCUCUGCAGCAGAGAGAUCCGUAUAUUACAGAAAUUCUCGAUACAGCAUCACAAGUAGCCCUUUAUUCAUUCAGCUCUGUAGCUAAUGAAUGGGAGAAGACCUCUAUUGAAGGUUCCUUGUUUUUGUACCAAAGGUCAGCUGCCCCGAUUCAUGGCUUCAUGAUCCUGAACCGCCUGGGCCUCAAGAAUCUCAUUGAACCAAUCAGCAAGGAUCUAGAGUUUCAGCAGCAGGACCCAUUUCUCCUCUACAGGAAUGCCAAAGCCAUAUUUGGAAUCUGGUUUUAUGACAAAGAAGAAUGUACUCGGAUUGGUGAGCUGAUGAACAGCUUCUUACAGCAGGUAAUAGACAGCAAGAAGGCAAAGGAAGAGACCCUGGAAACUACCACACCAAAAGCUAUGUCAUCCACACCUGCCAUCGCCAUGGGUAACAGGAAUGUUGACAUCAUGCAGCUUUUGUCCAAGGCCCAGCAUGAGUAUGACAAGUGUAAGGUGCCAGGAGGGGAUCCGAAACCAUUCAUAGACAAUCCAAAUGCUUCAGCCACCAAGGCUUCAAACCUCAUCAAACCAAAACCCCUCAAGAUUCCUGGAACAGGAAUGGAGGAGGAGGACACGGAACAAAGCCAGCUUGCGACCACACCCACGGCCACCCUCACUUUGGAGACUUUGUUCAGGACGGCCAGUCUCCAGCAAACUCAGCAGGCUGACCUUCCGAAUAUCCCAAAAACAUCACAGUUCCACAGGUCCAUGUCAGUAGCUGAUGCUGAGCGACAUAUGACCAGUCAGCCAUCAUCAGGGGAGACGUUUCCCCCACUUCUGCGCCAGAUCAUGUCAUCAAGCUCCAUGGUAGAGGAUAUUGAACGUCAACAGUGGGUGGAUCCUGCAGGACCUGACUCUAGACAUGUGUCUUCUGGAGCUGAGGAUCCGAAUGUCAGUCGAAAAGCCCAAGAUGGCAGGGGCGAACCAAAACGCUCAAAACCCCAUGGAAGGGAGGGCAAAACGUCCCCACGAGGGGGGAGAAGUGAUCUCAAAGACAAAUACCAGGAUGAUGGAGAUGCUCAGUCAGUGGAUGUUAUCCAAAAGUUGUUAUCUAGUGGGUCAAAGACCCCAAAAAGACAGACUAAAUCUGUGUCACCUGGAAUCAAACAUUCUGCUGAUACAGAUUCUGCUCCCAUUCAUCUAGGUAGUGAACUUUUAACACCUGCAGCAUUAGAACAAAAGACAGCAGGCGUCCCAUCAUUAUCAGAUGUGGGGUCAGCCAGCAGUGCCCUCCCCCAAGGGCCAGUUGCACCCAUGGGGUCAGAUGUUCUACUCACACCCAUGGCAUUUGCCUCGGUACCACUCCCAGGGACAAAGGCAUCACCUGGUCCUACUUCAACGCUCAACACAACAUCAGCUUCAGAUGAAAGUAAUCCCCUAGAUCGAAGUGGGGGUUCCAGUAGCUCUGAGUCUGUCCCUGUGGCAGCUCUUACCAAGGAACAGCUUCAUCAGGCCAUGUUGUAUCUCCUCAAGAAUGACCCCAAUUUUCUCAACAUACUACAUGAAGGAUACCUCAGCAGCCUCAAAGAGUUAGCAGGAUCACGACCCUGAUGCUGAUUAUGUUAUCUCAGUUACCUCCCCUGAACAGAUUCUAGUAUCGGUGUUGCAUAGCAACAUAAAGUCUGGGUGGAAAAAGUGGUGCUAUGUUUGCAACGACAAAGUGCUACUGACAGCUGAUGGUCCGAUCAGCAAAUCUACUCGAUUUUAGGGGCCAAAUUAGGGGUUUGCAAAUUACCUUUUAAUUUGCGUUCUUCUGGACUUUUA